UAUACCUAUUUAGCUUCUUCAAUGAAUCCCUCAGAUGGACAAAUUUGGGAGAAGUUGACUGAAACAAUUUUAAAUGAAUGGCUCCAGAGGUUGUGUAAAAGGUUUAAUUCUAAGAAAGCUGCUUCUGUUCGUAUUGCUUCAUUAAUAUCUUUGCUGGUUAAUUUGAAUUUAACCUUUAUACUUCCAAAUCUGCUUCGUAUUUUGAAUGCUCAUAAUCGAAUUUGGGGGGCAUUUUAUGAUGUGCCAGACAAUUACUUUAGAAAGUUUGCUGAUUUUAAUGAUGCAAUAAUAUCUCCAAACAAUAUUCUUGGUUAUCAUGAAAAUUUUAACCCUCAUCCUCCUGUUAUGAAGGAGCAAGAUAGACAAACAUUUUUCACUGAGCUAGAUCAAAGUAAGGAUGCUAUAUGCCACCCAUAUGUUUUAAAAUACGUUGUUGUCACUCGAUUACUAGUUGUUGGUAUCUACAAUGCUUUGCCAUUCUUUAGACAAUUGUCAAGAAAUGAUCAAAGCUUAUUAUUAAAUCAUCAUAUAAGAAUUGUUAAUUCUUAUAUCAGUUCCUUCAUUUCCGCAAAAAUGAAGUCAAAUGUGUUAAUUGGUACAGACGGCAUUAGUGCUUUGGAUAUUGUCGAAGCACAAACAAAAUAUCGGGAAAAUAAAAUUUUAAUGAAUUUGGCACAAAGAGCAUUUACUAAACUAAUUGACCCCUUCUUCCAAAUAAUUCCAACUAUUGCUGAAGAUGAAUUCGCUUUAACUUUAACAAUACUUUGUGCAACUGGAGUAUCUGAUCUCUCUUUACAUGCCCGUGUACUGCUCCAAAAUGAAUGCGAAUUUUAUGCCAAAAAGCUUUUAAAUCUUUGUCAAGUCCGGUUUGGCGAUGUGAAGGGUGCUUGUCGUUAUGCUGAAUUUAUGCAUUUAAUUGAAACUGCAUUCACGUUUGACAGAAAUUUUGAAUUAUACGUUACUUAUGUAUCAACUUUUUAUAUUCAAAAAAGCAUUGAUAUUUACAUUCCCGAAUAUUUGUUAAAAUUAUUAUUCUAA